AUGUGGCGGAUGCGGAUGCGGCUACUCUUUGGCUUCGUGGUCCUGCUGGCCCUGGAUCAUCUGGAGCGCAGCGUUCUGGCCCAAAAAUACUACAUGAACUUUGCCUUCAAUAACAACAAUCCGGAUGGAAAUGCCAGCGAUGAGAGUAAGGCAAAUCCGCCAAAGCAUGGGCAGGACACGGACAAAAAUAUCAAUGAUGGGAUCAAUGAAAACAGUGAGUUUACGGAUAAGGACAAGGGGGAUGGAAAUGGAGAGGCUGGGAAAGGACUUGGAGAUUCAAACGGAAAUGCAGGGGGAGAUGUAGAUGGGGAGGGAGAUGAAGCUGGUUAUCAAGGUGAAGACGGACAUGAUGCAAACGGAAACGGAAACGAUCCAGCUCAGCAGCCGACGGGCGGAAAAGACGACGACAACGAUGACAGUGACAGCAAGGAUAAUAAGAACCGACGCCACCAAUUGGCGGAGCAGGAAGACAAGGCACUCAAGCGGACGGAUCACAGCCAUCACAGCAGCUACGAGAUCAGCAUCGAUGACAGCUUCGGCGGAAGAUAUGUGCGAUCCAUCUACGAGAGCAGCGAAAGCCACGGCCAUUCCGGCAGCAGGGAUGGCUCCAAUCCCAGGGACAGCAGAGCUCGAGAAAGCAGCCAGGCGGGCAAGGAUCAAGGCCACCAAGACGAUCAACAAAACACCAAAGAUGCAGGAGCUCCAGCUGUGGGAGUCGAAGUUGCAGAUGCUACGGAAGCAGCGGGGAUCGCUCGCGCCGGUAACAACGAAGACUAUGAAGAAAUGUAAUAGAAACGGAAGAGCAAGGAGUAAGUGUCCUCAAACCUUAUGGUCAACAUAUAACCUGGUACACAGGUCUUUGGGAACCAGCAGUUACUUUUAUUGAAUUUAUAUUUAA